AAAUAAAAAAGACUGAUAAUUGGUUAACAAAAAAUUUAGAUAGUAUUUAUGCUAAAGUCUGUGAUAGAGUUUUGUGAUUUUUAAAAAGGACCUGAAAGGAUGGCCGUCUUCGGACUGGUGUCCGCCGUCGCAGGCUUCGUGAAAGUUCGUUAUUUAAUCGACAAGGCUAUUAUUGACAACAUUGUCUUCCGAUGCCACUACAGGAUCACCUCUGCCAUUUUAUUUGUCUGCUGCAUCAUCGUCACUGCCAACAAUCUCAUAGGUGAUCCGAUAUCAUGUAUAAACGAUGGUUCAAUUCCAACCCAUGUCAUCAACACAUACUGUUGGAUUACGUACACUUUUACACUGCCCGGGACUACACAUUUGUCACCAAUGCACCCUUCGCACUAUGGUCUCGAUUCCAAGACUGCAGCACAACAUUAUACGGGGUCUGAGGUUGCUUUUCCUGGUUCCGGAAAUGAGUCUGGUGAAGAGAAGAGGUUCCACAGCUAUUAUCAGUGGGUUCCUUUCAUGCUGUUUUUCCAGGGUAUCUUAUUCUACAUGCCACAUUGGAUUUGGAAAAACUGGGAAGAAGGCAAAGUACGAAUGAUAUCAGAUGGCAUGAGAGGUGUCCAGAUUCAAACUAGAAGAGAAGGCGGUGGAAGACAUCAACGCUUGGUACGAUAUCUUCUCGAGACCCUGCACAUGCACAAUGGCUACAGCUUUGGAUAUUUCUUCUGCGAGUUCUUGAACUUUGUCAAUGUGGUUGGCAAUAUAUUCUUUGUAGAUCUCUUCCUCGGUGGUGCUUUCUUGACUUAUGGUACCGAUGUCAUCCGUUUCUCAGGAAUGAACCAAGAAAAUCGAUCAGAUCCAAUGGUGCAAGUGUUCCCUCGGUUGACUAAAUGUACUUUCCACAAGUUUGGUUCUUCGGGAACGAUUCAGAAGCAUGAUGCAUUAUGUGUGCUGGCUCUGAAUAUUUUGAAUGAAAAGAUUUAUAUUUUCUUGUGGUUCUGGUUUAUUAUUCUUGCUGUGCUCUCCGGAUGUGCAUUAGUUUACUCAGCAGCUGUUGUGAUGAUGCCAACGACCAGGGAAUUUAUUUUGAAGAGGAGAUUUAGAUUUAAUUCUAUGCAGCAUGUGGAAACUUUGAUUAGAAAGACACAGGUUGGAGAUUUUCUUCUGCACCUUCUUGGUCAAAAUAUGAACAUUGUGCUGUUUGGUGAAGUGUUAAACGAAUUUGCAAGAAAUCUUCAUUCUCCAAACGGAGGAGGACACUCACCAUCAGCUCCUUCAACUUUGGAAAUGUCACCAAUUUAUCCGACAAUUGAAAAACCAGGAAAAGAGACUGAAACCUAAUUGAAGUAUAAAAUUGGUAAAAUAUUUUAUAUAUUUGUACUUAUCAGAUUUUAAAUUCACUAUUGGAUAUGAAAGAUUUCUCAAUUAUUAUUAGUAUAAUAUUUUUAUUUUUAUUUUGGUCCCAAUUUAGUUAAAAAAAAAAUUGCUUCCCAGAGAGGCUGUGAUAUAGAAUCUCAUAUAAAUUGUCAAUUUUAAUCUAAAAUGGAAAGACUCGACGGUUUAUUUUAUGAAAAUUAAGGACCAACUAUUUCAAUUGACCACACGCACAGUUGAAACAUCAAAACUGAUCAUUGUGAAUGCGUGAAUAAUUAUUACUUAAGUAUUUUAAUUUCAUGUUUAGGUAGUAUUUUUUAUUAUAAAUAUUAGAUUUAGAAAUGAAGAAUGGUGCUAAAAUUUUGUUCCUUUGAAUUUGAAUGUGUAAUUUAAAUUGCAUACAAAUGUUUUAUACAAAAGUUUUACACACUUUUUAAUGAGUACACGUAGUUUGUUAGUUAGCUUGUGAUAUUGUGACACAAACGACAGAAAUUGUUUACCUAUCUACUUAUCUUUUAUAUAGUAUUAAUAAUUUAGAAAAUU